AAGGGGAGGGGGAGGAGCGGCGAAAGCGGAAGCCAUGUUGGAGUUUCACCCCGAGCGAGGGGCUGCGAGCGUUCUGCUCUCCUUGUGGGUGUGACCCGGCUCGGCGCGGCGGCCGGCUGCGGGGGGCGGGGACGGUUAGGCCGGCGGCGGCGGCGGCGGCGGCGACUGCGUGAGGGGAGCGGCAGCGGCCGCAGCGUGGAGCUGGGCGAUUGUGACCGCCAGGGGAGCAGGGGGCCGGCCGCGGCGCCCACUCUCCGUGUGGCCCCCUGAGCGCCCCCCCUCCCCUGCCCGGGAGGGAGGCGGGGGGCACCCGGGGCCCGCCAUGAACCCCGGCUUCGAUCUGUCCCGCCGGAACCCGCAGGAGGACUUCGAGCUGAUUCAGCGCAUCGGCAGCGGCACCUACGGCGACGUCUACAAGGCACGGAAUGUUAACACUGGUGAAUUAGCAGCAAUUAAAGUAAUAAAAUUGGAACCAGGAGAAGACUUUGCAGUUGUACAGCAAGAAAUUAUUAUGAUGAAAGACUGUAAACACCCAAAUAUCGUUGCUUAUUUUGGAAGCUAUCUCAGGCGGGAUAAACUUUGGAUUUGCAUGGAGUUUUGUGGAGGUGGUUCUUUACAGGAUAUUUAUCACGUGACUGGACCUCUGUCAGAACUACAAAUUGCAUAUGUUAGCAGAGAAACACUACAGGGAUUAUAUUAUCUUCACAGUAAAGGAAAAAUGCACAGAGAUAUAAAGGGUGCUAACAUUCUAUUAACGGAUAAUGGUCAUGUGAAAUUAGCUGACUUUGGAGUAUCCGCCCAGAUAACAGCGACAAUUGCCAAACGGAAGUCUUUCAUUGGCACACCAUAUUGGAUGGCCCCAGAGGUCGCAGCAGUUGAGAGGAAGGGCGGUUACAACCAGCUGUGUGAUCUCUGGGCUGUGGGGAUCACCGCCAUAGAGCUCGCUGAGCUGCAGCCUCCCAUGUUUGACUUGCACCCAAUGAGAGCAUUAUUUCUAAUGACAAAAAGCAAUUUUCAACCUCCUAAACUAAAGGAUAAAAUGAAAUGGUCAAAUAGUUUUCAUCAUUUUGUGAAAAUGGCACUUACCAAAAAUCCAAAAAAAAGACCUACUGCUGAAAAAUUAUUACAGCACCCUUUUGUCACACAGCCUUUGACACGGUCUUUGGCAAUUGAGCUGUUGGAUAAAGUGAAUAAUCCAGAUCAUUCCACUUAUCAUGAUUUCGAUGAUGAUGAUCCUGAGCCACUUGUUGCCGUACCACAUAGAAUUCACUCAACAAGCAGAAAUGUGAGAGAAGAAAAAACACGCUCAGAGAUAAACUUUGGCCAAGUAAAAUUUGAUCCUCCCUUAAGGAAGGAGACAGAACCACAUCAUGAACUUCCCGACAGUGAUGGUUUUUUCGACAGUUCAGAAGAAAUAUACUACACUGCAAGAUCUAAUCUGGAUCUACAACUAGAAUAUGGACAAGGACACCAAAGUAGUUACUUCUUAGGUGCAAACAAGAGUCUUCUCAAGUCUGUUGAAGAAGAAUUACAUCAGCGAGGACAUGUGGCACAUUUAGAAGAUGAUGAAGAGGAUGAUGAUGACUCUAAACAGUCAACCAUGAAAGCAAAAGUUCCACCUCCUUUGCCACCAAAGAUGGGUGCAUGUUUUUCAAAGGUUUUUAAUGGGUGUCCUUUGAAAAUACACUGUGCAACAUCGUGGAUAAACCCAGAUACAAGAGAUCAGUACUUGAUAUUUGGUGCCGAAGAAGGGAUUUAUACUCUGAAUCUUAAUGAACUUCAUGAAACAUCAAUGGAACAACUAUUCCCUCGACGGUGUACAUGGUUAUACGUAAUGAACAAUUGUUUGCUAUCAAUAUCUGGUAAAGCUUCUCAGCUUUAUUCCCAUAACUUACCAGGGCUUUUUGAUUAUGCAAGACAAAUGCAGAAGUUACCUGUUGCAAUUCCAGCACACAAACUUCCUGACAGAAUACUGCCAAGGAAAUUUUCCGUAUCAGCAAAAAUUCCUGAAACCAAGUGGUGUCAGAAAUGCUGUGUUGUGAGAAAUCCUUACACAGGCCAUAAAUACCUAUGCGGGGCACUGCAGACUAGCAUCGUUCUAUUAGAAUGGGUUGAACCAAUGCAGAAAUUUAUGUUAAUUAAGCACAUAGACUUUCCUAUACCUUGUCCACUUAGAUUGUUUGAAAUGCUGGUAGUUCCUGAACAGGAGUACCCUUUAGUUUGUGUUGGUGUCAGCAGAGGGAGAGACUUCAACCAGGUGGUUCGAUUUGAGACUGUCAAUCCAAACUCUACCUCUUCAUGGUUUACAGAAUCAGAUACCCCGCAGACAAGUGUUACUCAUGUAACCCAACUGGAGAGAGAUACCAUUCUUGUAUGCUUGGAUUGUUGUAUAAAAAUUGUAAAUCUCCAAGGAAGAUUAAAAUCUAGCAGAAAAUUAUCAUCAGAGCUCACCUUUGAUUUCCAGAUUGAAUCAAUAGUUUGCCUACAAGACAGUGUGCUAGCUUUCUGGAAACACGGAAUGCAAGGUAGAAGUUUUAGAUCUAAUGAGGUAACACAAGAAAUUUCAGAUAGCACAAGAAUUUUCAGGCUACUUGGAUCUGACAGGGUCGUGGUUUUGGAAAGUAGGCCAACCGAUAACCCUACAGCAAAUAGCAAUUUAUACAUCCUGGCGGGUCAUGAAAACAGUUACUGAGAAUUGUUAUGCUUUGACAGUUAACUGUAGAAAGAAAGAACACUACCGCUGCAACAUUAAUGGAUGCGUGAAGCUGUACAAAAGCUGCAGUAACCUGGCUUCAGUUACUUUGUAAUUUAUUGUGGCAUGAGACAAGAUGGGGAAAAUUUUUGUUUUAAGUGGUAUGGAUAUGUUUAGCAUAUUGAACCACACAAGUGCUUGAUUCAUUGUUAUGUAAUCUUUGUACAUAUAGGCAGUAUUUUUCUGUGAAACUUCAUAUUGCUGAAGACAUACACUAAGAGUUGAUGUAGAUAAUGUACUUUUAUGAGAUGUACAAGUAAGUGUCUUAUCUGUACAGAUGUAAAUGUUGACAAAAAUGCAAUUGGGGUUAAUAUUUUAAGAAUUCUUUAGUAUAUUCUUGGGUGUGGUUAUAUUACAAAAUGGGAUGCUGGAAAAGAAACAGCACAUUUAACACUAUUGUAUUUUUAUUAUAUGUAAUUUAGAAUAUGAAUACAAAUAUGAAUACAGAUCUUGUAACUUUUAAAAUUGUAAUGGAGGCUGUAAUCAUUUUAUAAUCUUGUUUUUAAUUUUAAUGCAAGUACACUGGUGUUUAUAUUUGCACAAAGUAUUGAUAUGUGAUGUAUUAAGUCACGAAAGUAAGCUGUGACGUCUAUAUGCAUUUGGCUCCACAACUUCUUUUUUAAAUGUAUUUGGAUUGUUUUCUAUGUUAAACAAGCCAAUUACAAUAACCAUCUGUUGUAGUAACUGGUCUUUUUAUAUUUAAGCAGAACCCUAUAAGAUUGCUUGUCUGUGCAAAAAACAAUACCUUUGAAAAAUUUGAAUCACAGAAUAGCGGUACCAUGAUGUUAACAUUGCAAUCAUUGUCUGAAUUACAGUAUGCACAAAGAAUAAAUUAGCACAAUUAAAGAGUCCACACUAAACAUUUCAUGUAAUCACAUUGAAGAACUAUAACAUUCCAUAGAGUGAAGUAGUUCAAAUUUCGUGUGGAAGUUUUACUUUGGUUGGCCUUAUUUUAUGAUCUUUUUCUUAUUUCUUUUGAUUUAGAGUAUUAACACAUGGCCAAAAUAAUUUAGUUACUACCUCAUACAGAAAAUAUAUAAUGGUUACUACGCAUCACAGGAACCUAGCUUUGCUUUAAGUCAUUUUUGAUUGCUUUUUUCCCAAUGGAAUAUGUAUAUACCAAGUUUUAGUAAAAUGCACACUUUGGGCUCUUUUUGUUAUAUGUUCUUUAUAAUGUAAGUAUAUACACUAAGAACAAACUAAAUUGUGAUUUAUGAUCUUCAUUUAUUUUAAUUGAUAAUGGUUUUAAAUAUGUUCUGCAUUGUACAUAUUGUAAAAUAAACAUGUUUUUUAACAUGCUGUUGUA